AUGUCGAAAGCCGUGCCCAUACGCCCGCCAGACGCUGCGCCGUCACCAAGCACACCCACAACCCCCAAAUCCCAAACCGCUGUCCCCAUAAAAGCAUCGACGCCAGCGUUUGUACCCUCAGCCGCGGCACUCGCAGCGACGCACACGACGCACACGACGCAAUCCCCCACCAAGACAGCCAGUCCGUCGGGGUUUGCGGCUACAGCGCCAGUAUUUAUUCCCAAGACGAGUUCGCCGUACGACGAGCAAGGCGAUGAGGAAGCGACAGCGCCAACAGGAGCGCAAUGGGAAUGGAGUGGCAUGGACAGCGAGCUGAGCGGGAUAUACGACAAUUCUACCAGCUACCCACGCCACCCACUCCAGUACCAUCUCUACGUCCCUCCACCGCCAUACAAGCUAAUCCACAAUGUAAAUCUCUCCCAAUUCUUCCUCCAUCAGGACACACACAAGGCUAUAACUGAAGCGCACGAGUCACAGCUACGUGCACCUCCACCUGGGCUGCGUCUGCCCGAGCGACUGCACGUCUACCGCGACCUCUAUCCGCUAGACGAGGGUAUCGGGCCAGGUGUAGGAUUGGCGAGUUAUCCGACGUACGUCUACCGCGCAACAUCGGAGAGAGACGGUGCUCGUUACGCGCUGCGUCGCGUCGAAGGCUUUCGCCUCACAUCGCAAGAGCCUUUGAGUGUAGUGGACAGAUGGCGUCGAUUGCGUCAUCCCCAUGUCGUUCCUCUCAUAGAGGCAUUUUCGACGCGCUCUUUCCACGACUCCUCCCUCAUUCUCGUCCACGCUUACUACGCUAAUGCCAAGACACUUGGCAGCAUACACCAGGCCAACGCACUCAACCCGCACCCGCCACCACUCGUGGAACACACGCUGUGGGUGUAUCUCGUACAGAUCGUGCAGGCAGUCAUGCACAUACAUACACAAGGACUAGCUGUGCGCUGUAUCAACCCCUCACGCGUUCUCGUCACGGGUAAGAAUCGUCUGCGGUUGAAUUGUGUUGGUGCGAUGGACGUCCUGCUGUACGAUGAUUUCGCAAAUGUUCAUACUCACCAGCAGGAGGAUCUUUCCGCCGUUGGUACCCUCCUCCUCACUCUCGCUCUGGGCAAUUCGAGCACCGUCACCGCUAACCCUACCAAGGCCAUGGAGUUCUUUAGCAGACAGUACGGGCCUGAUUUGCAGCGAAUCGUGCUGUGGCUGCUGGGUAAUAGAUCACCACUCAAAACUGCCCAGGAACUUUGGGGAAUGGUGCUCAAAAUUAAACCCGCUGUUGUCGCUGAGUUGCUCGAUGCUAGCGUUAGCGCGGGCGAUACCCUCACAGAUGAACUCGCCAAGGAGGUGGAGAAUGGCAGAUUAGUUAGAUUGUUGUGCAAAUUCGGUUUUAUCAACGAGAGAGCAGAAUUCGAUCUCGACUCUCGAUGGUCAGAGACUGGCGACAGGUAUAUCAUCAAACUCUUUCGAGAUUACGUCUUUCACCAGGUCGACGAACAUGGGAAACCAGUCCUCGACAUGUCGCAUGUCCUCGUCUGUCUCAAUAAAUUAGAUGCUGGCGUUGAUGAAAGUCUGAUGCUCAUCUCGCGCGACGAGCAGAGUUGUCUCGUUGUGUCUUACAAAGAGGUUAAACAGUGUAUAGAAUCUGCAUUUGGGGAUCUUAAGAGGGAAACCGGUGUGUAG